CUCUGCAGCCGCAUCGGCUCUCACAAUUUCAACAUCGGGGUUCGGUCCACCAUGGCGGCUUACGGAUGGAAAUACUGAUGACAGUCCGAAAGAUCGCCUCGAUUUGUACGAUGGGCGCCAAUGCCUCUGCCUUGGAAAAGGAGAUUGGACCGGAACAGUUUCCCGUUAAUGAACACUACUUUGGAUUGGUCAAUUUUGGCAACACCUGCUACUGUAACUCAGUGCUGCAGGCUCUGUAUUUCUGUCGACCGUUCAGGGAGAAGGUGUUGGCAUACAAGGUGCAGCCACGUCGGAAGGAGUCCCUCCUCACCUGUCUGGCCGACCUGUUCAACAGCAUCGCUACGCAGAAGAAGAAAGUCGGAGUCAUCCCUCCCAAGAAAUUCAUCUCGCGGCUGAGAAAAGAGAAUGAGCUGUUUGACAACUACAUGCAGCAGGACGCCCACGAAUUCCUCAACUACCUCCUCAACACUAUCGCAGACCUGCUCCAGGAGGAGAAGAGCCAGGAGCGACAGCAGAAUGGAAAACUGGUGCAGAAUGGAGGAGGAGGGGGAAGUGCAGGAGGAGGAGGAGGAGGAGGAGGAAGUGAGGGAGGAGGAGAUGGCGAAGGAGGGAAGGAGACACAACAGACUUGGGUCCACGAGAUCUUCCAGGGAACACUGACCAACGAGACGCGCUGCCUCAACUGCGAAGCUGUGAGCAGUAAAGACGAGGACUUCCUGGAUCUGUCCGUGGAUGUGGAGCAGAACACCUCCAUCACACACUGUCUCAGGGGCUUCAGCAACACAGAGACAUUAUGUAGUGAAUACAAGUACUACUGUGAGCAGUGUCGCAGCAAACAGGAAGCCCAGAAAAGGAUGAGGGUGAAGAAGCUACCCAUGAUCCUCGCCCUCCACCUGAAGCGCUUUAAAUACAUGGACCAGCUGCACCGCUACACCAAACUGUCCUAUCGCGUCGUCUUCCCGCUGGAGCUCCGCCUCUUCAACACGUCCGGGGACGCCACCAAUCCCGACCGCAUGUACGACCUGGUGGCUGUCGUCGUACACUGUGGCAGUGGUCCCAACCGCGGACACUACAUCACCAUCGUCAAGAGCCACGGCUUCUGGCUGCUGUUUGACGACGACAUCGUAGAGAAAAUUGACGCGCAGGCGAUCGAGGAGUUCUACGGUCUGACAUCGGACAUUUCCAAGAACUCCGAGUCGGGAUACAUCCUGUUCUACCAGUCCAGGGACUGAACCAGCCAGCGGUAAAAUCCCCAACAGACUGUCACUCAACAGAGGGGGAGGGGCUUAUGCCUGCCACCGGCUCCGCCCAGUACGCUCACAUAAGUAUCCAGGCUUUAUUCCCUGUCGGCGGAGAUUUGCACUGGAGCGCCAACUCGGAUCGGUUGAGACGUGCGCAGGUCGCAUGCCAGCCUCCUGGAUUACGACCGUUUAAAUCCUCUGAGCCCACACUGCAACAAAGCACCUUACAAAACAAGAUGGCCGAUUCUGUAACGCUGGCUUUGCACUGUGGCAUCAGCUGGGAAGACUUAAAGAGUAACGCCAAUCCAAGAGGCUGACAUCGGCGUGUGCACAGCAGUCCAUUCUGGAGGUAAAAAGCAGUCUGGGACUGCCGUGAUGAUGCAGAGUGACCAAUCAGCUGUUUCGGAUGAGACACAUAUGUGACUCGUGCCAGAGGAUGCCAAGCCUCCGUGUCAUGGUUACCAUCGGUGGCAUCGCAGUCUUCUUUAGCGUUUUUUUGUGUGCAUAUUAUUAUACCGUGCUAAAUUAGCUUUCCACAGUGACCGUAAAGCUUUUCCUUAGCUUUACGCUAACACAUAACCUUCACCUCAAAUUUAAAACAAAAAAAGAAAGAAAAAAAAAAAAAGAGAAGCUCCCUAAUGAAUCUUCCUCUGGAGACGGAGAAAGACUAAUAUCUGACAGCGUUGUUAGACGUCCCGCCUGUCACAACAAAACCACUGACACUACCUUUAGCUUGACGCGCAGUGAUGCAGUUGCUAGUUUGCAGUGUUUAUAUCAUGAGGUGGUGCUAACGAGAUAUAGUGUUAUAUAGGCAGAACGGGAAAUGAAAACCAGCCACUGGAGAGGCGUCGAUGCAUCUGACAAAUUAGUCUUUGACAGAUAAGAAGGGCUCAUUAUUUUCAGUUUUUACUCAACAAAAAAAAAAAAAUUAUUUUGAAUAUUUGAAAAAAUAAUAUUUUGCAAUAUCUGUAAUUCAACCAUUUACUGUUUUAUUAAUUAUGUCAAGGUUUUAUCAGCAGCUCGUUUGAGGUUUUCAUUUUGUUUUUACCAAGUUUAUUUGAAGAGCUGCAUGAAGACACCUAAAAUUUUGGUAGAAAUCAGUUAACUCCAAAUAUCUAAGUGGUAAAGAUCUAAAACGAUGAGCUUCAAGAUCUGACAAUCCUGUUUUUAGCUUUAAAAAAAAAAAACUAGUUGUCUGAGCAGUGAAAGUGGCUGGUGAAAGUUUAAGUUCUCCAGUUCCUGGUGUGUCGUGCCAUUACGGGUCAUGUUUGGUGCCACAGCAGAGAGAAAAAAAAAGUCCACAAGGGAAGAUAUUAAACGAAGAUGUUUCAACAGCAUAAGCUAACUUUUUAUUUUUUUGAAGUUGGCUUCUCGUGGUUUUGACUUUACAGUUUGCUUUUAAAGGUUCGUGUUGUUUUAACAUUUUUGAAUUUAAAAACAAAACAAACAAAAAAAGCCAGAAUAUGCACAUUUGUAUCGUUUUAAAGGGACACACAAAGAGAAAGACUUUUUCUUUCCUUUAAGUCAGUUCUUACAUCCAAACUGUCACACUACACAAAACCUGUCUGAAUGUUUAGUGUGUCUUGUCCUUUUAGCGCCUUUUUAAAGCUUUAUUUACCGACUGCAAACUCUAACACCUCCCGUACGCACACCUUGCUACAGCUGGUACAGUACACCUCAUAAUAUCAGCCACCAAUCAUACGCUGGCAAAUUUCGACUCUGGCUUAAGUGUUUCUCCUGCAGCUGCAGCUCUGGCAGGCGCUCAGACCUUUUACAUAACAUGUUUUUCACUCCACAAUCAUCCUGCAUUGCUCAAUAACGCUGAGUGACGCUAACGGUCUGCUGAUGUGGAGCUCGUCCACGGUCGGUCGGUCAGUCGGUCGGUCGGUCGGUCGACGGCGGCGGCGACGCGGUAUAUUUAAUGCAGUAAGACGGUCUCUGUCUGUGUUUGUCUCAGCAGUUUAAAAUGGCUUCCCCCUCCUCAGUAUCUCUUAAGAUCUAAUUCAGGAAAGAGUUCUGAUUCAGUGUUGACUCAGCCUGUUACUGGCAAUAUUAAAGGGUCAUGUCACCAAACAUUGGACUCUAGUGUUGCUUUUUUUUAAAGCAUAAAUUAAACUGUUAAAAGCUGUAAUCGUAAAAUCAGAACUAAAACUGGGAAGUCAGUUAAUUAGUCGAUCAGCAGAAAAAUUAUUUGCUUCUUAAGAUCUAGGAAUUUGUCGUCUGUCUUUCUUGGCAGGUUGAAGAUUAAAUAAGAAAUUAAUUCAAAUAAAUGUAUUAAAAAAACAAAAUCAAUGAAUAGUGAGAAUAAUCAUUAGUUGCAGUUGUAUCAUAAACACAUAAUGUCAGUUUAUUAAAUGUUAGAAUAAUAAAUGUCCCAUCACUUAUUCCCCAGAGUCCAAGGUGGCAUCUUCAGAUUUUCCAAAUUAUUCAAUUCACAGUGAUAUAAAACAGAGAAAAGCAACAAAUCCUAAAGUUACAGAGGCCAGUGGUCAGAAAACAUUUGGUCUUUUUGUCCUGACAAACAACUUAAAUGGUUAAUCAUUAUCAAUAUUGAAGCCAAUUAAUUUUCUAUCUACGAAUUUAACAGAUUACUCGUUUACAGCUCUGGUCUCUUAACGAUUGUGCAAAUAGAUAAAUGGUUUAAUUGAUGCUCAUAAAUAGGUUUUAAUUGUGCUGAGAGGAGGAGAAACAGGAGCCAUUUUAAAACUUGAGCCUGCUGAUCGGCAACAACCUCCUCUUCUUUCUUUUUUUGUUAAACGCACAAACAAACCAAAUGUAGGUUCUUUUGGUUUAGUCUUGUUUUUUCUGAAGUAUGUUUUACACUGCCAAGCUCAUGAGGCUCCACCCAACCGGGCUGCCUCGGAUUAACGAGCAAGCUCACCCGGUCACACUCCUUUCGUAACGAAGCUGCAGCAGAUGGAAAGUGAAUGGAAACGCGCGCUCUGUGGCCUGUAUAUGUUCUACAGCAGUUGAGUGGCCUGGGCAGUGGGUCGAGUAUUAUCUGAAUGUUAAAAUGUACAGUAAAACAAGAGCAGGGCUGAUGCUUGACCUGUAAAAUGCCAUUUGGAUUUGGGUGCGUCUCAAAACUCAAGUCGUUCUCUCUCCUUCUAAAAGCAUUUACAAUAAAACAUUUUUUUACAAGCACAGGAUCAGAGUAACGUGUCGCCCUGAUCCACUCUGGAUAUGUCGGGUUUACCCACAGCGUGUUUGAGUCACCGAGCCUUGAUCCCUGACCGUCGUAUUACGUAUCGCAGUCCUGCGUCGCUGUCUCCCAGAACUCUGGCAUUUCAGUCACUGAGCAGCUGACAGGAAGUACAAAACAAAAGUACAGACUCGCAGGGUGAUAGGCAAUAUUCAUCAUGACCCAUAUGACCUUUACUUCAGGUUCAAAGCUCCAUGUGGCAAACUGCCUGAUUGAGAUAUUGGGGCUGUGUUUGCAGGGUUAAAUAUAUAUAUAUAUAUAAACCAAUCAGCGACGACGUGUGCUUUCGUGCUGGCAGUGUUAGGACAAUGUAAUGUUUAUUACCAUUAAAAAAGGAAAGUUAUCAAGUUGGCUUACUGACUAACUUGGAAAAAAGAGCAAAAUAGUGUCGUGCCAUUACGGGUCAAUGUGUGAGUGAGUUAAAAACUUUGAAAUAAAACUUUUUCUCAUCACGAUUAUGUAUCAGAGCUGAAAUAAACACAGCUAAUCGUUGAUAGGGUUUCUAGAGUUUCCAAUCUCUUUUAGUGCUACUCCAUUACAGUCAGUACAAGUCAUGAAAAAUCAAAGUUUAUAUAUAGGAUGAAAUGUCCCAUAGCGAUCCUGGACAGCGGUGCGUCGUAUGACACACACCUGGAUCAGGGCGAGGUAAUGUUAAAACAGUGUCGGUAAAUCCAACGAAAUCCAAACUCAACAGUUACAAUCUGCUCAUUACAACCACAAAAGUUUGUGGUCGAGUUCUUGAACGUUUCAUAGUUUUCAAAACGAAGGAGAGGCGGCGACUUCAGCUGACGCGUCCCAAACACUCCACUUCAUCCACUGGGUCGAGGUUUCAAAGUCAACACUAUUUCCCUUUCCUGUCUGUGCUGCUCUUAAACUCAACUAAUCUACAUGAAAGGAUGAUGUUGACAGAAUUUUUUUUUUUUUUUUGGGUUGAUCCACUUUGUUUCCAUCAGUUCUGCAGUUUUUGGAAGUCAGAGAAAAGAAAAGGUCUGACUUGAAAUUCAGGUUAUAUCGGCAGAGGCACCGGCAGAAUCUGUGGACACCUGAAAUUGUUGCUUUCAUCUGUACCAAAUGAUGAGUUUUAUAUUUGAAGCAUAUUUUAAGCAAACCUUCCUUCACUCACGGUAUAAAAUAACAAAAACAAGCACAAAAAGGCAUCACUUGGGAAAUGGAAGUCCACAGAUUCAGUUCGGAGCUGGUUAUGAAUCUGUGUUGGUUGAAGUGUUUGGCCAGACAAAGCUUUGGAAACCCAUGUUGAAACAAGGCUCUUUUUUUUAUUUAAAUACUAUUAAUAUUAUUAUUAUUAUGAAUGUUUAUGUUAACUUCUUUUUCUUAGAUGUUUCACUUGUUUUUGAUAUAUUUUACUAAUUUUAAUAGUCUACCAUUCUUGUGUAGGCAGCUCUGGAUAUUUUUAAGGAUUUAUUUUGGUUUAAUUUUUGGGAGUAUGUGAUGAGAGAUGUUGAUGUGUACAUAAAUACAGAUGUUAUUAUUGGAAUAUAAAUAAUUGCUUGCUUGAAAUAAUCAGCAGAUCUAGAUCAAACAAUGUUAGCGGACAUUAUGUCUCUACAGUACUUUUAUUCUGGUGGUGAAUCAAUAUGCCUGGUGCUUAAAAAGUAACAAGCCCCACCCAUCUGGCAUCACAGGCAGCCUAAACCAAACAGCCCCAAAUGAAUGAUCUCAUAUGUAAUCUGACCGGUCACAGUAUUGUACACAGAAAACUCAAGAAGUUUUCCUAUAAGAAACUGACCAAAAACUGUCACAUGUAUCACUGUGUUAAAGGAAAAAUCCACUUUAAAUUACAUGAGUACUUGAAAAUA